AUGGCUGAUGAUAGUACUGCCGAUUCUAAUCCUCCCGAGGGCGCAGAGACGACAGAACACGCGCCGCCGGGGACAGUGGCAAUCGCCGACGCAAAAGCCGUUCCGCCGCCGGCUCCACAAGAAGAUCCAGAGGCUCAGUCUCAGCCGCCGGCGGGGAAGCAGAAGAAGGACUUUGGCAAAAUUUUUCAUUUGAGAAACAUUGUGAAUGUGGUAGCCAUAUUCGCGUUCAUUCUGUCCAUUCCAAUCAUGUUCAUAGUGAUAUAUUUAGUGUACAUCGGGCGGUACGAGUGCGAGAAUCUACUGAGCCUGCCCAGGCUACAAUACGCCAUAGCCGUUUUCUUGGCGCUGGUGUUCGUGGUGAGCAACCUGGUGGUCUACUUCAGAUCCAAAACUCCCAUGAUCGGAGUACUGGCGGUGAUGGUCCCAUUGCUCAUCAUCCUGGUGGUGGGGCUUGGCCUCGUGGGAGCCUACAAAGUGGAGUCCCGCAAGAUCCCUGGCUCCCCUCCUUGGCUCAAAUCCAGGAUGCACGAUGACGAUGAAUGGUCCGGGAUCAAGUCUUGCAUAUAUGAAACCAGAACAUGCAAGGAUUUGAUCUCCAGAUCUUACCUUCUCAAACCCUAUGAUUUCACGCCCAAUAAGCUCUCAUUCAUUGAGUCGGGUUGCUGCGUUCCGCCGCCGAUCUGCGACAUGGAGUACGUGAACGUGACCUACUGGAGGAUUCCGGCGAAUGCAACGCAGGAGAGCAGCGAUAUGUACAUCAGCGACUGCAAUCUGUGGCGGAACAAAGAAAGCGUUUUGUGCUACAACUGCAACGCGUGCAAAGAUGGCUAUUUCAGAACCUUGGAGGAGAAAUGGCUGCGUCUCGGCACUUUCCUCAUCACCAUUUCUCUGCUACUCGCCACCGCGCAUCUCUUGCUCUUUGUCGCUACAAUGUGGGAUCAAUAUGGAAUGGAGCCUAACUAG